ACCACUGGCUUCACGUCUGUAGCUAUGGUCUCUAUGUACAGAAACGUGCUUUUGCAGAUAAGGUUAGCCAAGCUAGUGAGCUAUAUAUCUAUAUAACGUUAACGGAAUGACCUUUAACGUUUCUUAGCCAAAUGGCGAUCUAGGUACAUAAUAAGAAAAGCGCAAGACUGUUGUAAUGAGCCAAAUAUGCCACCAACAUCGCGGUAAUAUAACGCUAGCUAGGUUUUGGAGAAGCUGUCACGGUACACUGCAGGAUUCUUCUCCAGUUUCAGAUGACUAAAGUUUACAAGCACAUCCUGAACUCAGGAGAGGUCAGAUUUAGAAGCCAACCUAUAGAGCUGCGUUCUCUGAACUGCUAGCCAUGGAUUCCGGGGCUGGAAGAAACCGAUCCAAAGCCUGGCCCCUCAGGAGACUUUCGCUGGCAAAAAAGGAUGGCCAGAGAGGCAGUUCGAAAGAGAAGAAUAAAAAACAAAUAGGCGUUUCUAUUACUUCGUUUUUCAAGAAUACGCCACCAGCCAAACUGGCCUGCCCAUUGUGUGCUAAGCUCGUUCCACGUUUCAAGAUCAAUGAACACAUCGACUCUCGCUGUCAGGAUUUUGCUGGGGAAAAUGACUCUGAAGCUUCAGCAGACGACCACAACCAACAGGAGAAAGCGUGUGCUCCGCUUCCAAAGACCAGCCCUAGAGUUCUAGAUGAGGAGAAGGACAGCAAUGUAGAUGGAGUGAAUCAAGAUUCAAAAACAAGUCCGUAUUUUAAAAAGAACUGCCUCGAGAAGCAAGGGUCACCUAAGACAAAUGAGCAAGCUAAAAUGGUAAAGACGGUCAGUCUCGGGAGUCUGUCUUCAAAACUCUCCAAAAGAGUGCUGAGGUUUUCAGAGACUGCAAACGUUGACAGUAUCGAAGCGUCAGAUGAUAGUGAGCCGAGUAGUUCACAGAAAGAAAACUGGAAUGAGAACAUGAGCGUUCAGGCCGAGCCCUUGGUCAUGAGUUCAGCUGAAGCUUCUGUAAAUCUACCUCAGGUGGAAAAGCCUGUGAAAUGUGCCACGGUUAUACCUGCAGUAGAAUCGCUGGAAUCUGAGGCUGUUCAGCCAGUGAAAUCAGCUGCUUCAUUCCGACUCGUCAAGAGGAAGAAGGAAGAAUCUCCAGAUGCAUGUGCCACCCCAGUCCUGGGAAAGAAGAGCAGAAACGCAGCAAGUGGCGAAAACAAUCCAUUUCCUAUAUUUAGCCGAAGUCAGACGUCACCUGUCAGUGUUUCUCAGAGUGCUGGCAGCACAACUCAGUCAGUGAAGGUCGAAGGCAGCGAAUCUGAACACGGCAGUGGAGCAAAGAACCAGAUCGUGGCACCAGGCAGGAGUCAAGCUCCCCCACACAAAGCUAACAAUAGCCCUGUGGAACAGUUUUCACUCAAGCAGCCGUAUUAUCUUAAGAACUUCCUGACUGUUCUGGGAGCAGUACUGGAGAAUGAGGAUGAUAGGAUGCUCUUUAACGAAGAAGACCUCUCAUCCAUCCACCGCUUCAAGCAGCUCUCAGUGCCUGGGCAGAUGCUGUAUGUGCGCCUGUUCCAAAGGAAACUGAGAUGGCUGCAGUUGAGCAAGCUCGAUUAUGCCGAGAUCAGCUCAGACCUCAAACCUGUCGCACAAGAGCUCGUGUGCAGUGGCUUCCUACAGUCAGAAUCGGAUCUCGAGGACAUCCAGGAUGCCCUGGAGCUCCUGCCGGCUCCCGAGCUGAGAAACCUAGCCAAGACUUUUCACCUUGGAGGUCCGGGGAGCAGCGCCCAGAAACAGCGGCUGGUGGAAGGCCUUCUCCGCCUGGCCAGACAGCGCUCGCUCUUUGCUCUCGCGCCUGGCCAGAGCAACACGGCCGCAGCCAUUCUCAAGAGGGCUAAACAGCUAGCAGGCUCCUGUGUGCGCCUGCGCCGUGGGCCCCGCGCCGUCUUCUCUCGGGUCCUUCUCCUCUUCUCCCUCACGGACACUCUGGAGGAGGAAGAGAUGGCAGCAGGUCAGGGUCAGCUUUACACCAUCCUGCUGGUCAGCUCCGGGCGCCUGGCCUUCCCAGCUUACACCGUGCAACGCUGCGCCAAAAUCUUCCAGGACAGGGACAACCUAAUCAGAUAUGAGACUGCCGUGAGAAGGCUUCAGGAGGUGGUUACGGCAAUGCAGGCUGGUCACUGGGAGGACGCCUUGGGCCUCUAUACCUCCGCAAAGGCCACUUGGCAAGACCUUAAGCUAACUUACGGCUCAAGCUGUCAGGAGGAGCUACCGGUGUUCCUGCGCUGUUUCACUGUGGGCUGGACGUACACACGCAUACUGUCUCGCGGAGUCGAGAUACUACAGAGGCUGCGUCGCUAUGAGGACGCAGUGGAGGAGCUCCGGUCUCUUUUGUCUCAGUCAGUGUUCUGUCCAGACAGCAGAGGGCGCUGGUGGGACAGGCUGGCUCUCGACCUCCAUCAGCAUCUCAAAAGGCCUGAGCAGGCCAUCUCUGCCAUCCGGGACGGGCUGAUGGACCCGCUGGUUCGGACAGGUCACCGCUUGUCACUGCACCAGAGAGCUGUCCGGAUGAGCGAGUUGGCAAGCUUUAAGAAGUAUCGGCUGCAGCUCCGAAACCUCCCCGCCGUCCACGUGCAAGAUGUCCCUCAUGUGACGAUUCGAGGACAGCUGUUUCCCCACGAGGGCGGAACGGGCAAGUCCGUGUUCCUGAGACCUGCCGCCGCAGACGAGGGCUCCGGAGAAGGACGUGACACGGUGGUCAUGUGCUCCGUAGAAGAGCUCGCUUUGGCACACUACAGAGAGCUCGGCUUCGAUCAAGGCAUUCAUGGUGAAGGUUCAACGUUCUCCACGCUGUUCGGCCUCCUGAUGUGGGACAUCAUCUUCACGGAGGGGGUCCCCGAUGUCUUCCGAACCCCCUAUCAGACGUGUCCUCUGGACUUGCACACGGACUCUUUCUACGAGAACCGGCGGGAGGCCAUCGAGACUUGGGUGGAGCUGUUGCGGCAGGCCUCCACCGAGACCCUGCGAACGCUGCUGGCUGACGUGUGGCACUCCCAGCAGGGUAGACCUUGCGCACUGGUCAACUGGGAGAGAUUCUCUUCUCUGCAGGAAGCUCAGAGCUUGGUGGCCUGUCUGGGAGGGCACUUUUUGAGUGGUGUGUUUCUUAGAAUGGCAAAGGACUACAGACACAGCAGAGGAGGGCUUCCUGACCUGGUGGUGUGGAACACCUCCAACAGCAGCUAUAAGCUGGUGGAGGUGAAGGGCCCUAAUGACCGCCUGUCCCAGAAACAGCAGCUCUGGCUGGAUGAGCUGCACAAGUUGGGGUCCAGCGUGGAGGUGUGUCACGUCAGUGCCACCGGCGCCCGCGGCGCCCGGCUGGAAUGAAAUGCAAAAAACACCUUCACACACGGACCAUUUUGUCAGUCACACUGGUAGGUUCUCUCUGAAGGACACUGAGUUGAUCUCCUUCCAUUUUGCAGUGGCUACCUGCUUUAAUUCAACAGCACUUGUUCCGAGCACCUUCUAACGUCAGACUUUAUACAAGAGAGUCUAUACUACAACACUACAGUCUAGAACAAUGGACACUGCAGAGAAUGUCCAUUGAAUCCCUUUCUCAUGGCUGCUUCUUAUGAUAUUUGUAUUUUGUUUGUAUUUUGCGACUGUGCUUUUGAUGCAUUAAUACAUUAAUACAUUUCAAUUCUAGGAGCAAAUAUGUAACAAAAAAAAGUUAAAUCCCUGAAGGGCGUCUGUUUCACUCGUAUUAAGUUGUAUUAUUUAAAACCUUUGUUUUAAAAAAUGUUAGGUGCUAAAAGAAAGCUUGAUUUCACUGGUUUCUUCGACUGUUGGUGAGAAUUCCAUAUAAAAUGGUUACUUUCGAAACGCACACAAUGAUCAUUUUUGACAUGCCCCUGUAGCUGCUCCAUGCUUGUACUCCGGCACUAGGCCCCGGGCAAGGUUACGGAGGCUGACUGUAUUACACAUACACUUACUCUUCAAAUUCAUCAGGGAGCAGAGGACAGUGUCAUGUCACGUUAUAGUCCCGUGAAGUCACUUUUAAUGCUCAUUUUUAAUGCCAUUUCGGUAAUCGAACACGAAGAUGCUUGUAGUAUUACCACUCAGUGAUGAUGUGAACAAGGAGGCAGUUAAAGACGGAUAAUUUCAUUCUUACCACUGUGUCCUCAAAGUCUCUGAUAAAAUCCUAUUACUGGAUUUUUACUGCCCCUACAGGACAUAAUUCAGUAUUAGCAACACUUGCGUUUCUCUAACAAAAUCCAGAAAGAAGAGGGGUAAUAAGGUGUAGGGUCUCGGCGUGUCACUAUAUUUGCAAAGAUGAAAUCAAUCCAGUGACGGCUUUACACGAUUCUGUCAGCCGUAGGUGUGAUGUAUGGAAUAUACGGACUCUAAACAUGGACCAGCAGAGCGGUUACGUGGUGGGAUGGAGAGCUUGUCAGAACAGUGACCUCUCUGUGCAUCCUGGAUGAAGGCGCUCCAGUUGAUGACCGUGCCCUUAAGACCUUUACUUUCCAACCCACCAGUUUUAGAGAAAUUGAAUAGUUAGCGCUCUCUGUGUGCUAUCGAUAGAUUGACGCAGCAGUAAUUUCCGCCUUGCCAGUUCUCUGCGUGUCCGUCUGAUUUGCCGGAGGAAGACGAGGAUUUGGAUGCGAAACAUGCUCUGCCUUCCCUAAAACGGGAGACUGUUUUCCAGCUUGCUGAUGGAUUAUGUCUGAGGCCUUAAGACACUAAGCAUUCUUAUGCCAAGGAUUUGAACAGACUCCUGGGAAUAUUCCCUUCCCAAAACCUGUUCACUUUUUUACAGCCGAAUCUUAAUUCCAUCAUCUUGGGUUCCUUUUCCUGGCUAAGAGCGCAGAGCUUCAGACUUCUCUCUGAGCUGCUCGGUCUACCUCGGGGCCGGCUGAUCUGGAGCUGCUUGUGAUCUAGCGUGGCCUUAGCCUCCGGGACCUUCCUCGGGGAGUCCAGGAUCUCAUGAGUCAUCUCAGAGCGUAUACAAAUGGAGAAGCGAAAAUAUGUAUAUUAGUAAUAAAGCAAAAUUGAAAAAUCCAACUUUCAUAAAUGCCAUCCCAUUAUUUGUGGCAUGUGCAUGUUGAAAUAAUGAGAAAACGGGUUUUUGAUCAUAGGAGAAGCAUCCAGACGAGACCUGGCGGAUUAGGGACGGAUAUCCAAUUCUUCAGCAAUUUGGAAAAAACAGAGAAUGUGUUGCCGAAGGGAAAUCAAGUCGUCUCUUAAUAGCAAAGCUCUUGAAACGUCUUUGACUUUUCCAUUAAUGUUAAAAACUGCAUUACUCUACCAAGCAGUACAAUGCACUUUAUUUGGUCCACUUCAGUGUCCUCAGUAACGAGACUAAUGUGUGGCCAUAAUAAUUCGGCAGAUAUGGCAAAUGAAUGACCUCUUACUUGUGACUAUUACCAUUAGAAGUUGAAGCAAUCUUUGCUAAGACUGGAGCUCCUCGAUGGACAAAUGAGCAUCUUCCACCAGUCUGGCAUUGUUUUAAUCCCAGGUAACUUCACAAAGGUGAUUACAAGGUCUUGGGUAAUAAACAGCGCAAAGGUAUAUUGGUAAAUAUGAUGUUUUUGUUUGUUUUUAUGGCUACUCUCUGUUUUGCCAAAACGUUCUCUAAUAAACUCUGCGAAAUUGAUGACAAUAAAAUAUGUUUAUGGUUGUGAA